AUGAGUUCUUGUGGUGCGCGGACUGAACUCCGAGCUGGUCCUUUGUAUUUCUUUGACCAGCCAACGAGACGAAACAGGGUUGAAGGUACACAGAGCAACUUUUACCUUUUUAAUGUGGGACCUGGUGGAGGAACGCAUGAGGACACGCACAGUAACUGGGAGGAUGACAGUGCGGUGGUGACAGGUGAACCACGUGAUGAGGGUAAACCUGAACCUGACACCUCAACAUCACCUGCUGCACUGGACAGAAGGAACCAGGAGCCAAUAGACGUAUACAAGCGAGCCGCCCCUCUGUUACUGAAUGACCUGGCUCUCCUGCUUUCCCAGUACAACUGGGACGAGGAGGGCCGCGUCCCACACGGGGUGGCAAAUAUUCUCUGUCACUCCUGGCAGGAUCUGACCUCAGGGGCGGCGCUACUGAGCAGUCCCGAGCAGACUGACAAAGGAAGAGGGUCCAAAGGCUCCCUGAAGUUGGGAGGAAGUCCCCAUCCCGUGAGCGACGAUGGCAGGAGGCAGACAGAAGAGGGAAGUGCAGGUCCCUCUGAGAGUAAACCACAAGUUGGCGCUAAUCCACGUGUUAAAAAGAAGUCCAGAGCUUGUAGCUCCUCAUCCAUCCGUUUCUCCAUCUCAUCCAGCAGCUGUAAAGAUCCAGGUUGGAGCGUUCAGCCGAAGCAGCCCUCCCGCGUCGAGCCUCAGCAGAUCAGAUUGUGUCAGUGGGCGGUGGAGCGACUGCUGGCGGGAAGAAAUCCUGCAAGACAGCAAACACCGAAGCUGAGCAGUCCACUCAGGCUGUGUCACUAUGGAGAGGCAAAAGAAAAAGUGAAGAGCAGCAGAGUCAGGAGGAAGAGCGGGGCGACCGUCUUAGUCAACGGGAUACCACGGAUCCCAGAAGUGAAGCAGCCGGAACCAGCACAGAAGAAACUACACUACAGGAUUGACGACGGCUCCUCGUUCAUAUACUACCCGUCUGGUUGCACAGCAGUUUGCCAGAGCCACUCAGCUCUGCCCUGUGGAGGCUUCUAUACCAACGUGUUCAGUGACAGCGACUGUGCCGUCAUCCUGGCCACCAUCACUGCGUUUGGGCACGGGGCUGUCACACACCCUCACAACUCCUCUUUAGUAGCAGUGUGGGACCAGGAUGGUGGAUUCAUGAAUGACCACUACGGGAGGAAAAGUCAGGAGUGGAGCUGGCAGACGCACAGUGCACUUAAGAAGAAGGUCGUUAUACAGUUGUCAGAUCUGAUCAGUGUGAAGCUCCUCAAUGGUACGUCGGCCACUCUCAGCUUCAGGUGCGAUGAUGAGAGUGUUCAACUUCCUCUUCCUGUCCUGUCUCACAUCAACCGACCGAAGGAAAUGCUCUGCUUGCAGACCGAUGGAAAGUUUACCUCUAACUUUGCUCAAGAUCUGCUGCUGGCGAGAAAGACAAAAUCCCCUGUGGUGGUCCUGGAGAACAAGAGGACCCUGACUCCUGUGUCGGUGGGCACCCAGGAGAUGCUCCAGAUGGUCAGAGAGGGGCUGGAGGAGCCGUCAGCCCGGUGGAGGAGAGCAGGGCCUGCCGGCAGGGAACUGAAGAGGCUGCAGCAGAGAGUUCGAACCACCCUGGACGACUGGUCGGAUUAUUAUCGUGCAGCUGUCGGUAUCAGGUGUCCUGACACGGAGCAGAUGCCUGACGCCCUGCUGAGGACCCGGCGGAGGAGAGAGGUGCAGUCGGCGGCGCUGCCCUCUCUGAACCCACCCGAGCGGGCGGAGGCAAAAUCGGUCUGGCCGGAGGAGAGCGGCGACAAGCCACAGGAGCCGCACAGACACCUGUCAGUCCGAGCAGAGAGACCUGCUGACUCAUCUGUCAGGCUGCCAAGGACACCUAAAAGGCGAUCGAAGGACGAGCCCCGUGUGACUCAGAUAGGACCCCUGCAAAUUCACUGCAACAUCCAGCUUGAGUCAGUGAUUAUGUCAAAGAGCCCAGAGCAGCAGCCCGCCGACGCACCCCGCCGUCCAGGCCCGCCGCCGCUCACCCCCCCCUCCGUCCUCCUCUCGGUGUGCCCCGCGCUGCUGAGAGCUGCCCUGCUGGGGGAGGGGGUGCGGAGGCGGUGCUGCUGCAGUGUCACACUGAUGCCUGCGGUGACGGACCUGGAGUACGACGCCUUCGUGAUGGGCCAGCCUCCGCACAAUCAACAGAUCCUGGUGGUGUGUGUGACUCUGCCUCAGGAGCACGAGGACGCACUGGAGCAGCUCUACAGGAGGAGGAACACGCACAGAUCCAUGCCAUGCACUCAGUGCCAGAUGGAUUCAUUUCGCCUGGUGAGGUAUGAGAUGUCAACAGGGGGGACGCCCGGCUGGGGUUGUGCCAACAUGCUGCUGCAGCAGCGACACAACGCUGCCCCUGGGAUGAUCCUGAUGUACAUCAGGGGGAAGCUGCUGUUUGUGGGCUACUUGCACAGUGGUCGCAGCUGCUCAGUCGGGGACCUUCAGAAGCAGAUCUGCAGAAGCAGGGGAGACUACAGAUUAGGUCUGAGCCUCCCACCAGACUACAAGUUCAGUGAAGCAGUGAAUAACUCUGCAGCCGCAGAUGCACACAACUCACAAGAUGCAGCAGUGACAGGAAGAGAUGACGUACCACUGCCUGCUUCAGUGGAAAAGAAAAAGGCCGAUGAGAGAUAAACCAUCGAAGUUCGUGAGGCAUCCCAGAAACGACAGAGAAACUUUUGUAUCAGAUCAAAACAGACAUUUCCGCAUGUUCCUUUGACGACGCAUUGACCAGAUUACCUCUGUAUCUCCCUCGAAAGUUAUCAAGUGCACUGUUGGUUCAAACUUAGGGUUAAUGUUGGCAAACACCUAAUAUACGUAGUAUACAAGUUUUCACCUACAUGGGACUGCAGAUACAACAUUUCUUACUUUUCUGACAGUAAAGAUCAUCUGCUGUUAACUCUUGCAGCCAUCACACGAUCCAAGAUGAUACAGAUGUUUCACUGUGCUCUGAAUAUUCCUAUUUUAUAUGAAUAUAAAUGGAAAAUACAUGUGUUACUUGGAUUUUUGAUCAUUGUAAUAAACGCUACAUUUUCAAUCUUUUGUUAUAAUGUCUCUCCCACAUACAUAUGUGGAAGUGUUCUCACAGCCUUGCC